AUGGCCUCCGUUUUCCAGCAGGCUUCCAAGGCCGCCAAGGGCAAGCGCAAGGCGGAUGCGCAAGACGAGGAUGCCGUCGCUGCUCCCAUCCGCAGGAACAAGCAGCGCGUCCUCAUGCUACCAUCUCGAGGCGUCACAUCACGCAUGCGACACCUCAUCAAUGACCUGGAAUCGCUCAUGCCCCACGCCAAGAAGGAGUCCAAGCUCGACUCCAAGUCCCAACUCCACCUGCUCAACGAGAUGGCCGAGCUCAACAACUGCAACAAUGCGCUCUACUUUGAAGCACGAAAGCGCGAGGACCUGUACAUGUGGGCGUCCAAGACACCCAACGGACCUUCUGCCAAGUUCCAGGUGCAGAACAUUCACACCAUGGACGAGCUCAAGAUGACGGGCAACUGCCUCAAGGGUUCGAGACCCAUCCUCUCGUUUGACCAGGAGUUUGACGAGAAGCCGCACUGGACGCUCAUCAAGGAGAUGUUCACGCAGAUGUUUGGCGUCCCCAAAGGCGCAAGGAAGUCAAAACCCUUCGUGGACCACGUCAUUUCGUUCUCGAUCGUCGACAACAAGGUGUGGUUCCGCAACUACCAGAUUGUCGAGUCGGAUCCAGGCGCCAAUGUCAUGUCCAAGUUGGAGGAAGGCAAGGAGGGCAGCAAGAAGAAGACGGGUGCGGCAAAGGACGCAUCGAGGCAACCCAAGCUGGUCGAGAUCGGUCCUCGCAUAGUGCUCUCGCCUAUCCGUGUCUUUGAAGGAAGCUUUGGCGGCGCGACCGUGUUCGAGAACCCAGAGUACAUCUCGCCCAAUGCGAUCCGACACAUGGUGCGAAAGCAGAAGGGCAACAAGUACGCGGAUCGCGUCAACCAGCAGGAUUCGUUGCGACUCAAGAAGGAUCGUCUCAAGCCAAAGGAGGAUGCCCUCAGCCGCAACAAGGUCUUCUCCUGA